ACAGAAAAUAAAGCGUUUGCCGCACUUACAUUAGAUAUAGCUGGUAGACUACGAAAAAGAGUAAAUGUGUCCAAGAAUGUGUUGUACGAUACUUUACUGCUAAAAUCGGACCCGAAAGAGUUUGGACAUUAUUCUCGGAUGAAUCCUGCACCUUAUCGGCAAAUUAUUAAUACUGAUACAACAUGAAAUAGAGAAAAAAUACGUUAAUGUGAGAGGCAAUUGCAGUGAGCGAGAGAUCGAUAUAACAGAUUUCUGGCUACAGAGGAACUGGCAAAUGGCGACCUGGGAGAGUGCCUCCUGAUACACCAUCCACCUGCCACACCUCCCAAUAGUCGCCACCUGCAGAAGUGGUGUCAGAAGCGUUUCUUCUGAUGCCUACCACACCGGCGUCGGGAGCCUGUACGAGUGUAUCGUACCAGAGUCAAGCAGCAGUAGUAGCAGUUGUGAGCGACGACGUACGCGCUAGGACACAAGCGGAUUGCGGGCGGAAGAUAGCAUCUGCGAGUGCGGCCGACAAUGAGGCGUCGACCUCCGGGAACUACAAGUCGUCAGACGCUGUACGGAAGAAAUGCUACUCCUGCAAGUUAUGCAGGAGUUUUGAAGAUAGAAGAUAUGGUACUGGCAGAAGUAAGGCUGUGAGCACAGGUCACGAGUCAUGCUUAUGUAGCCCACCUGGUAGAGCAUUGGCCUGUGAAAGGCAAAAGAUCCUGGGUUCAAAUCCCAGUCUGGCCGACAGUAUUAAUCUGCCAGGAAGUUUCAUUACAAUUUUAAUUGUAAUCAAUUAAUAUUAUGGUUUCAAUAAUGUAACAUUAUACAUUGUUAAAUUACUUGAGGUGACGUGGCAGUGUCUAUGGGAGGCAGUUAUGAGCUGUCU